AUAUAUUCAUAGAUUCAUACAGCAUAGAGACAGGCCCUUUGGCCCACAUAUCUAUGUCGACCAAGAAACACCAAACCACACUAAUGCCAUUUACCUGCAUUAGUGGGCCCUGCCCUUUUAAGUGUAUUUAAAUAUUCAGUCAUUGCAAUGGAAAUCAAACAAAAUAUUCUUUUUCCUUUGUGAACAUCUUAAAAGGUGUACAACUGAAAUUGGAAGCAGCUGAUUGGUGUAAUUCUAGAUACUUUGUUUGUUGUAUCAUUUUGGAAUGACUCAGUUGGAUUGGGGAGUAAAUUGGUGGCGGGGGAACAAUCUAUCGGGCGGGCAGUGUGUACGCGGCUCUUGGUUGUCCAGUCGGAUGGGUUUGGGUGGCGGGCUCCUGCCGGUUGUAGUUGCCGUCGCUGUAAUGGCUCCGCCGGUGUUGCGGCUGCUGUGUGUUCACGGUUACCGUCAGGACGGCAGGAUUUUCCGAGAGCGGACCGGCUCCCUGCGGAAAGCGCUGCGGAAACGCGCCGAGCUGCUGUACGUGUCGUCGCCGCUCAGGGUGCCCCCUCCUCUGGGGACUACGGCUCAGCCUCCUGCAGCCGCCGGAGACGGUGAGUCGCUCCAAGAAGAUGGCCGUGGCUGGUGGUUCUCAAACCCGGUUGAGGACAGUUUCAAUGCCUUGGAUCAUGUGGAGACCUGCAAAGGGCUUGAAGAAUCGCUGGAGACCAUCUCCAAAGCCAUGGCUGAAUUAGGCCCAUUUGAUGGUAUCAUGGGUUUCAGCCAAGGAGCAGCUCUUGUGGCAAUGGUCUGUGCCCUCAAGCAGAAGGGAGACCCCAGAUUCCAGUUUGAUUUUGCAAUUCUUGUGGCUGGCUUUAAGAGCAGGUGUAAGCUCCAUGAGCAUUUCUAUCAGGAGCCCAUCGCUAUUCCGUCUUUGCAUGUGUUUGGUGAUACUGACCGGGUCAUCCCUGGAGAAUUGAGCCAGGACCUGUCCAAAUCCUUCGUCGAUCCUGUGAUUCUUACUCACACAGGAGGACAUUUUGUUCCCGUCUCUGCUCCUCAGAAGCUGGUUUACUCAGAGUUCUUGGAGAGGUUUCAGAAGAAAUAAUUCGAGCCUCAACUAGGUUUUAUCGUUAAGGCAUUUUUUUACUGGAGAUCUUUGAAAUGUGAUGUAUUUCCAUUUGCUUUAAAGAUGAAGAAAUAACCCCAGAUUGUUCAUCCAGAGGAUGGUGAUUAUGGAAGAAUACCCAAUUUAACAUAGUCUACCCAUUGUAAGAGAUCCUGAGAACUCGUCUGAAUCCCUCACAUAAAUUUCUCCUGAAUUAAUCCUGGCCUUGUCCAACACUUGUGGGCAUUUGAUUUCCAAAAGAGUCACUGGACCUUGAUCAGGAUUGGGAACUCCAGCUCAUCUUCCUUAGCACCAACCAUGAAUGAUUUUUCUGCCUCCUUUGGUGUGAGCCAUUGUCACAUUGAGAGCACCUAUCUUGUGCAAAUAAACCAUGUCAUUAUUUAGAAAAAAAGGAAAACUAAAGGACUAGACUUGCAUUAUUUUUUCUGUUGAAUGUGAGAAUCAUCGGUAAGCCCAGCAUUUUGUUGCUUGACCCUACUCAGCAGUUUUUACAACUGCUAGAUGUCUCAGUGGGUUUUUUAAAUUUCUUCUUUCACGGGUGUGCGCAUCACUGGAAGAACCAACAUCAGUUGCCCGUCCCUAAUCACCUUUGAACUUAAUGGCUUGCUCGGCCAUUUCAAAGGACAGUUAAGAGUCAACGAUGUUGCUGUGGAUCUGGAGUCAUGUGUCACAGACUGGGAAAG